AUGAAAAUAAACUCAGUGCUGGGUGACAUCAACUACUGCAUCCAUGGGGGCAGCCCAGGAGCUCAGCAGGCCUGGCUCCAUUUGAGGCAGGAACAAGCACGCAGUAGCUUCCAAGCAGCAGUUUGCUUGUCCUCAAGGACGUUUCGUGUGAAUCCUCCCAAAAUCCUAUCAAGCACUCGCUCCAGAGCAGGCACUGCGGAAUUCGUCCUGAAGCACAAGGAGUUCUCCCACCUGCGGGAGGUGAAGGCCUUCCCCAACGCCCUCAACCCGCACAAGGAGGAAGCCCGCGCGCUGGUCAGAGCCAUGGUUGACCAAGUCUUGGCACUGCAUGAAGAUCUGAAGUGGUUUCACAUAGGAUGUGAUGAGGUCUACUACCUCGGUGAAGGAGAGGAGUCGAAACAGUGGUUGCAGCAACAAGGGAACACUCCAGAGAAGCUGUGCUUGUCGCACAUAAAAGCAAUUGCAAGUUAUGUGGCCUCAUCUUACCCGACUGUGACACCUAUUGUGUGGGAUGAUAUGCUGAGAGGAAUUAGUGAGGAAGUACUGUCAGAGUCUGGGGUCCCACAGCUUGUGGAGCCAAUGAUAUGGGACUAUGCAGCAGACCUCGAUGUGGAGAGCAAAGUGCUUCUCAUAGAGAAGUAUCGUAGAUGUGGCUUCUCCAAGGUGUGGUUUGCUAGCGCUUUCAAAGGAGCUACAGGAGUGAAUCAGUCUCUAACUCUUAUAGGACAUCAUUUAAAAAACCACCUUCAGUGGCUGAAGGUGGCAAGUAAUAGCCCUUCUGAUGUGGUUCAAGGUAUUGUGCUGACUGGCUGGCAAAGGUACGAUCACUUCUCUGUUUUGUGUGAGCUGUUCCCCGUGGGCAUUCCAUCGCUGGCUGUUUGCCUGCAGGCGCUGAAGAACGGUGGCUAUUCCGAAAAGGUCAAAGAAAAUGUGGAAAAGCUCCUGGGAAUGUCUAAUCUGGAAGUGGAUACUUUCAUGAGCACAAGUUCGGGGACCUUUCCAGGGAGCAACAUCCUCACGCUUGUGACACAAAUUAGUUUCUACCUCAGAUCAUCAGUGGAUGACCUUCUCGAAAGGAACAGGUAUGUCACAGGCUGGUUCAGUCCUUACCACCGAAAGAGGGAAAUAGUGCACCCUAUAAUAAUGCACCACUUUCAGCCAGAUGCAAUAAGUCUUCUAUCCAAGUGGAAUGCAGUGGUGCAAGAUCUCCAAGCAGCCAUGGAGCAAGUUUUCCACAAGUGCACUAUAGAGGAGUGGAUGGAGGAGAAUGUGCACCCCAGCCUACAAAAGCUGCAACAACUGGUGGAUGAUUUAGAUAAAGCAAUAAAAGCUCAAGUUUAGGA